AUCUCAUUUUUUGUGUUUACUCUCACUUCUUAGUAGUAUCAGUUUAACAUGUAAAGUUUCUUUUUGCUUUUUAUUUAUUACUUAUAAAUGCAGUUAAAAUUAUAUAAUGCUUGGUGAUGAAAAAUAAUUCCUUUUAGGAGAGGUAGGAAGAAAUAGGCUAAAACUUAAAAAUCAUACACAAGAUAGGAAUAAUUGGGAAGAAAUGUAGGGUUAAAUGGCAUCUUCAGAAAAAGCAUCGUAAAAGUUUUAUUUAGGAGAAAAUGAAUUUUUUUUUUUUUUUGAGACAGGGUCUCAUUCUGUCCCCCAGGCUGGAUUGCAGUGGUACAAUCACAGUUCACUGCAGCCUUGACAUGCUGGGCUCAAGUGAUCCUCCCUCCUCAGCCUCCCAAGUAGCUGGGACGAUAAGCAAACACCACCACACAUGGCUAAUUUUUUUGUAUUUUUUGUAGAGACAGGAUUUUGCCAUAUUGCCUAGGCUGGGUGAUGAUGAAUCUUGAGCAUCUAAAUUAUAAUCUAGACAUUUCCCUAAAGACCUUGGUCCAUUAUGUUCUUAUGAACAGAAAGAUCAGCCAUAUGCUGUUCAUUAUCAUAAAUGUGUUGAUGGGCACUUUUGCAGUUUUGUUUUAAAAGAGACUUAGGUAGAAAGGUGAAGACUUUUUUUGUUGCUUUUGUGCACAACUGAAAACAUCUUCAUUUAUCACUGUGUGUUUUGAGUCACAUCUACUGUUUCACCAGUACUGUAUAUUUAAGUAUAACUCUUGGUUAUAUACUGAGUCUGUUAACUUUGGUUAUGUACUAUAGUUUAUCAGCUUCUACUUAGCAAUCAGUAAGCAACAGUUGACAAUAUGUGAUAUCUAGUAGACACACAUCUGUUUUCCUCUCUUAUCCUUUCUAGAAGUUGGCGCUAUGGUGGUUACUUUGGUCACCUUUCCUUUCUAAAGGUUAUGUAAUCAUACAGAGUGUCAGGUUAUAUAGAAAUUUUACUUACAUUAUUUUAAAAUGGAAAGCAUAUAGCUUAUGGGUGAUAUUUAUCCUAAUGGAUGGUAUUUACCCUAAAGUUUUCUCUUAUUUAGUGUAGUUUGCUAAUUUUUUUUUUUUUAGAUGGAAGUCUUGCUCUGUCACCUGGGCUGGAGUGCAGUGGCGUGAUCUCAGCUCACUGCAACCUCUGCCUCCAGGGUUCAAGCGAUUUUCCUGCCUUAGCUUCCUGAGUAACUAGGAUUACAGGGAUGUGCCAUGACGCCUGGCUAAUUUUCUUUUGUAUUUUUAUUAGAGACAGGGUUUCGCCAUAUUGGCCAGGCUCCUUGAACUCCUGCCCUCAGGUGACCCACCCACCUUGGCCUCCCAAAGUGCUGGGAUUAUAGGUGUGAGCCACCAUGCCUGGCCUAGUGUAGCUUUGCUAGUAAUUUACAUGUGGGAUUUUGAAAGUCUUUGCAAAAAAUAAUUUGAGAUUUUAAAAUGCUUUCAGAUCCGAAAAUAACUUUAUUCAGUAACCCUUUUAAUGGUCAGAAGUAAUUGAGAGCCUGUAUUAGUCCAUUUUUACACUGCUAUAAAGAACUUCCUGAGACUGGGUAAUUUAUAAAGAAAAAAAGGUGGAAUUGACUCACAGUUCCAUUUCGCUGGGAAGGCUGCAGGAAACUUACAGUCAUGACGGAAGGGAAGCAAGUCACGUUUUACAUGGCAUCAGGAGAGACAGAGCAUAGAAAGCCAUGCCCUUUUAAUCAAAUCUCAUGAGAACUCACUAUCACAAGAACAAAUUAGGGGAAACUGUCCCCAUGAUGCAGUCAUCUACCACCAGGUCUCUCCUGUGACACAUGGGGAUCAAUUUGAGAUGAGAUUUGGGUAGGGACACAGAGCCAAGCCAUAUCAGAACCUAAGGACUUAUGCUCAUCCUAGGGCCUCAGUACCUGCCAUUUCCCCUGUCUGGAGAGCUCUUGGUUCAAACAGUUGCAUGGUUCUCUCUCUCAGUUCUUCCCUCUCUGCUCUUAGAUGUUAGCUCAUUAGAGAGAUCUACCCUGACCAUUCUAUUCAAAGACUUAUCUUCUGUUCCUCUUUAUCUCCUCACCCUGCCGUAUUGUUCUUCAUAGCACUUCACACUUCUUGUGUUACAUUUUUGUUUGUUUUAUUAUUUAUUUGUUUGUCACUACUAGACUGUAAACUCCACGAGUACAGUUGGUUUAGUCACCUCUGUAUUCCUUGUGCCUGAAACAAUGUUUAACACAUAUUAAAUGCUGAAAAAACAUUUUAAACAAACACUAUUCAUUUAAUAGAAUGAAUGAGUAUCAGAAUACAAGAUGAAAGAAUAUAGACAUGGUACGAAAAUUUUUCUUCCUGGGAUCAUAAACAAAAGGAACCUAUAUUUAAAAGUCUAGAUGUAUAGGUUGGGCACAGUGCCUCAUGCCUAUAAUCCUACCACUUUGGGAGGCUGAGGCAGGAGGAUUGCUUGAUACCCAGGAUUCAAGACCAGCCUUGGCAACCUAGCUAGAUUCCAUCUCUACAAUAAAUUAAAAAUAUUAGCAGGGUGUGCCUGUAGUCCCAGCUACUUGGGAGGCUGAGGUGGGAGGAUUGCUUUAGCACUUGAGCCUUGCAGUUCAAGGUUGUAGUGAGCUAUGAUAGUGCCACUGCACUCCAGCCUGAGCAACUGAGCAAGAUUCUGUCUCUGUAAAACAAAAAUUGAAUACAUAAGAACACCCACAUGUGAAAUGGAAGUGUAGGUGAUGGUCUGAGACAUCACCACCAAGCUGGGUACUAGGGAGAUGGUUGAGACUGACCCCAGGACCAUGCAGGACCUUACCUCAGUGGUGCAGACACUCCUGCAGCAGAUGCAAGAUAAAUUUCAGACCAUGUCUGACCAGAUCAUUGGGAGAAUUGAUGAUUUAAGUAGUCACAUUGAUAAUCCGGAGAAGAACAUCACAGACCUUAUGACAUGGGCUGGAAUGGAAGAACUGGAAGGUGAAAACAAGAUAUCUGCCACAAAAAGAGAGUUAAGGGUUGCCAAUAAUUUAUACUGGAAUCUGGAACACCAUUUUUCCAAGCCAAGAGAAGACUGAAUGGCUUUUUGCAGCUAAAUACUGUGUGUAGACAGGUUUUAUAUUAUAAAAUGUGCUUUCUUAUCACAUACUACAUAGUCAGUUUACAGAGUGCUUUACCCCCUAGUUUCUUGAACAUGGUAUCUUCAUAUCUUGGACCUUGGUCAGUUGUGCUAUUAAUUAUUAAACACUAAAACUGGGGGUUUCUGCAUUAAAAAAAAAAGCACCUACAUGUUAAAAGUAAAAAUGGAUGGAGCAGGAUGGCAUGAGACUUUAUUGUGCUACUUAGAACAGCAUGCAAUGUAAAACUUAUGACUUAGCUGGGCAUGGUGGUGUGCAUCUGUGGUCUUAUCUACUCUGGAGGCUGAGGUGGGGGGAUCACUUGAGCCUGGCAGGCAGAAGUUACAGUGAACUGAGAUCACACCACUGCACUCCAGCCUGGGUGGAGUAAGACUCCAUCUCAAAUAAUAAUAAUAAUAAUAAUUUUAAAAACUUAUGAAUUAUUUUUUUCUCAAAUUUUCCAUUUGAUAUUUUCCAAUUAAGGUUGACCCCGGGUAACUGAGACAGGGAAAGAGAAACUACAGAUAAGGAGGGCCUACUAUAUAACAGUAUUAAUUUGUAAGGUUUAGGUACGUAUAGAAUUAGAUUAUCUGUACAUAAUUUUUAAAUAUAAAGGCUGGUUAUUCAGAAUUGUGUUAUGCAUAAAGGUGUAAGAAAAAAAUGAAAAUCAUCCAGUUCCAAAAAUGAUCAUUAACUUUUUUGUACCUAUAGAAAAAAAUUUAAUGAAUUCAAACAUUGAAUAUUUUUUAGAAUCUUUAACAUUUUUUUCUAGUUGUAUCUAUUCUGUCAUAGUAGCUGUACAAGUUGUUUAUCUAUUUAAGGGCUGGCAACUAUGGCCUACAGGUGAGCCGACUAUUUUUAUCAAGUUUUAUUUGCAUCUAACUGUGUUUCUUCAUUUAAAUAUUGUCCAUGGCUUCUUUCAUGAUACAACAGCAGAACUGAGUCAUUACAGCUGAGAUCAUGUGGCCUGCCAGACUGAAAUAUUUACUAUCUGGCCAUUUAAGCAGUUUGGCACCUCUGGUCUAUAUAUUACUUCUGUUUUGGGGCCCUGUAACUUUAUAUAUAGAAUUGAGAUUUUUCUGUGAAGAGCUAUUGUAUUUCUAGAUGGCUGGAUAGUAGAUGUUUUAACAGUAUUUUUAAAUGUCUGCCAUUGGUAA